GCAUCGCUUCCAUCUUUCCGUGGUCUUGGAAAUGGUUCAGCACCAUGACGUCCGCCGAAGACGAUCAAGAAUCACCUUCAAGCCAACGUCGUGAAGCUUUGGCAGAAAUUAAGAAGGAAAUACCUCCAUUGUUCGUUGGCGUGGAUAAAGGUUCAGUGGGAGGAUUAGAAUUGACUGAACAGACUCCUGCUUUAUUAGGAGAUAUGACCAUGGCAACUACUCUCAUGGACAUAGGAGAUUCAUUUGGUCAUCCAGCUCAUCCUUCAGUCAGUAGAUCUAGAAACUCACCAGUGGAAGAUGAUGACGAUGAUGAUGAUGAUGUUGUAUUUAUUGAAUCUAGACAGCCUUCUUCAGUUUCUGCUCCAGCAAUAGCUGAUCAAAGAAACUUUAGAUUUAUGUCAUCAAAAAAUGAAAAGCCACAAGGAAAUUAUUCUGUAAUUUCUCUUUCUUCAAGAGAUUUGGCAUCUCAGAAAGGAAAUAGAAGUGAGACAGUUGUUAUUGAUGAUGAAGAGGCCAUAGAAACACAUGGAGGAGUGGAGAAAACUUCUUCCUGUUUUAUUGAAUGGGGACUUCCUGGAACUAAAAACAAAACCAAAGACUUGGAUCUCUCCACUUCCAGUCUUUCAAGAAAUAAGACCAAGACUGGAGUAGGACCUUUUAACCCUGGUAGAAUGAAUGUGGCAGGAGACAUGUUUCAGAAUGAAGAAUUUGCAACUCAUCAUAGUCCUGAUUCUUGGAUCUCCCAGUCAGCUUCAUUUCCCCGUAAUCAGAAACAGCCAGGAAUGGAUUCUUUAUCACCAGUGGCCUUACUUCGUAAGCAGAAUUUCCAGCUUACAGCCCAACAGCAACUUACUAAACCAGCUAAAAUCACUUGUGCCAAUUGCAAAAAGCCUUUACAGAAGGGCCAGACAGCUUAUCAACGAAAAGGAUCAGCUCACCUCUUUUGUUCUACCACGUGCCUGUCUUCCUUCUCUCAUAAACGUACUCAAAACACACGAAGUGUAAUAUGUAAAAAAGAUGCAUCUACAAAGAAGGCUAAUGUUCUUCCAGUAGAAUCAAGCAAAUCCUUCCAAGAAUUUUGUAAUACAUCUUGUUUGUCUCCCUGUGGAAAAAACCAGAAUCUUAAAAAAGGAGUUUUUAAUAAGUCAAGAUGUACAAUUUGUAGUAAAUUAACAGAGAUUCGCCAUGAAGUCAGUGUAAAUAAUGUAACACAUAAACUGUGCAGUAACCAUUGCUUUAAUAAGUACAGAUUGGCCAAUGGUCUAAUAAUGAACUGCUGUGAACACUGUGGAGAGUACAUGCCUAGUAAGAGUACUGGAAGCAACAUCCUGGUGAUUGGAGGUCAGCAGAAGAGAUUUUGCUGCCACAGUUGCGUUAACGAAUAUAAACAGAUGAUGGAAACAAAAUCAAAAAAACCAUCAGCAUCAGAAAAUAGAAAAAGGAAUGCUGUUAGAGAGGAAAAUGAAAAACAUUUCUGUGGAUCGUCAAGUAUAUUUUUGGAAAACAUAGAGGGAAUCCCAGACAAAAAGGAAAAGACAUCAGAGCUACAGGUUUCAGUAGAAUGUAGCACAGAUACAUUGCUGAUCACAAAGAACGUGAAUUUACCUCCUCCUUCCAUGUCAACCAUAGCUGAUAUAUUUCAAGAGCAACUGGAAGAGAAAAAUUCUGAAGCCUCCAUUGUACCAGUUGUGCUUUCCGCAGAUCCAGGUACAUGGCCACGGAUUUUGAAUAUUAAACAGCGGGACACUCUUGUCGAUAAUGUUCCACCUCAAGUAAGAAAUUUUAACUUUCCAAAAGAUAAUACAGGGAGGAAGUUUUCAGAAACUUAUUAUACACGGAUUCUUCCAAAUGGUGAAAAAACCACUAGAUCUUGGUUACUUUAUUCGACCUCAAAAGAUUCUGUGUUUUGUCUAUAUUGCAAACUCUUUGGGGAAGGAAAGAAUCAACUGAAAAAUGAGAAUGGCUGCAAAGAUUGGCAACAUUUAUCACAUAUUCUUAGUAAACAUGAAGAAAGUGAAAUGCACAUCAACAAUAGUGUUAAGUACUCAAAAUUAAAAUCUGCUCUAAAAGAAAAUAAAACUGUUGAUGCUGUAGAACGCAGAUUAUAUGAAAAUGAGAAAAAUGAUGGUGUGCUGUUGUUGUACACAUAAUAUACCUGAUUUGGUUUUUGGCAUGACGGUCAGAAUCUUACAUUACUCAGAAAACAUUUGUCCUGCAAUAAUCAGUACUAUGGUAUUGUAAGUCUCCUCUACAGAGUCACUUACAGCAGAUCCUUAGCAAUAAGCAUGUUAGCAAAUAAAUAGCAAAGAAUGUUAAACUAAUUAGAUUCAAUUGUCACUAGGCAGUGACUUCAUUAGGCAGUGAAGAUUAACAGUAAUUGUUGCUGGGUGAGGUGGCUCACGCCUAUAAUCCCAGCACUUUGGAAGGCUGAG